GGGAAAUCGAGUCCACCAUCCAACAUCUUUCCUCCCCACAUCUUCAUUAUUCAUCCCUGGCCACUAUUCUCCGUCGGCUGCCCUCCCACUCCCUCACUGCCUCACUCCCUCAUUUUACUCACUCAAUCCUACAUUACCUCACCCCACCCUUCUCUGUCAUUUUUCACCUUCUCCUGCAUACGCCGUCGAUACGACUUCUAUCCAGCUUUAUGUUUCGAGCGCUGAUUGUGUAAAUAUGCUUGAUCUCGCCGCCUGAGGAUAUCGCCCCGAAUUCCCCGUUCCGGAAGCUCGGCUCGUGUAUUCACUGAGACUUUUAUCCCUACGGCACCCUCCCUUGCAAGCUUACAGCUUUGAAACUCUUUUUUUGCUUGGCCUCAAGACACUUGGAGCCCGUCACCCCACCUGCGCAACAGAGGUCGUCGUCGUUUGAGCAAUCGCGACCAUGGUUGGAGGCAUUAGCAAGCGGCAGCAAUUCCGCAAUGAACGGGCACUGCAGGACCUUAUCCGGUCCGUUCCUGGCAACGACCGCUGCGCUGACUGCGAGGCUAUGAACCCUGGCUGGGCUAGUUGGAACUUGGGAAUCUUUCUUUGUAUGCGAUGCGCCGCCAUACAUCGAAAGCUUGGCACGCAUAUCUCUAAGGUCAAGUCCCUGAGUAUGGACACAUGGACGGACGAUCAAGUCGAUAAUAUGAAAUCGCACGGCAACAACAUUAUGAACAAGAUCCUUAACCCCAAGAACGUGAAGCCACCUGUUCCGACCGACGUUGAUGAGGCGGACUCUUGCAUGGAGCGAUUCAUUCGACAGAAAUACCAGCAUCGGUCUCUGGAUGAAAACAAACCGAAGCCUCCCAGUCGUCAUGAUUCGGGAUAUGAUAGAUCUCCGGAGGGGUCGCCGCCUCCUCUACCCCCGAAACCUGCCAGGCCGUUUGGCUUCGGCCUUCGCUCGGCGUCAUCCGCGACGAAUCUCAACCGCAUCUCUAACCGCAGUGCCUCCUCUCCACAAUCGGACAGGUUUGACUCACCUUCGCCGUCAGUAGGUAUCAGAAAGGCCUCCGGGGAUGCGUCGCUCGAAACGAAGUUGGCGACUCUGAGGGACAUGGGGUUCACCAAUGAGCGCCGGAAUGCUAUUGCUCUCCGCGAACUGAAUGGAAACCUUGACAAAACCAUCGAGACGUUGGUGAGGUUGGGAGAGGGCAAUGGAUCUGUGGUGCGGCCGAUCGCCUCGGCUUCUACUCCUACCGUGGAUUCUUCCAAGUCUGGCAACCCCUUUGAUCAACUAGACUCGAGACCAGCAGCGCAGCCCAGCAGCAAUUUCAAUCCCUUCGACGCACAACCUCCACAGCAAGUACAGCCGCCGCCGCCGCCGCCGCCGCAACAAUUACCUCAGUCGGCCUCUAUGCAGCCCCUUGAGCAGUCAUUUCAAGGCCUGCAGGUCACCCAGCCUCUGUUUCCUCACUCCACAGGGGGGUACCCGUACAGACAAUCCUCACUUCCUCAGCCCCUGUAUCAGCAGGCGAGUGUUGCGCCUCCUGCAACCUCUACAUUGAAUCAGAGCGGAUAUGUUGCAUCUCCGCAGAUACUGGAAGGGAGCCACAACCCUUUCUUCCAAACUGGAGCUCAGCCGCAGGCCAGCUUGACCGCUCCUAUCGCAAAUCCCAAUGCUGUUCCAAACAACCCAUUCUUCGGACAUGUAACGUCACAACAAGCAUCAACGCAGGCGCAGAACCAAGUGUCUUCCAGUCCCUUUGGCCCUCCGCGACAUGCGAAUACAAUGCCUAUUAUGUCUGCAACGUCGCCUUUUGGCCAGCCAUCGCCCUUUCAACAACAGCAGCAGCAGCCACAGCAAGCGCAGCCUCAGCUGCAAAUGCCGCCUACGCAACAACCCGGUCAAAAUCCCAUGAACCCCUUCCAUAUGAUGAACGCACCGCUCACGCCUCAGAGUGCGGGCUAUCCCGCUCCGCCGCAGUACGGCUACCAGAUGCCAGCUCAGCAUCUGUACGCUCAGCCCACAGCGCGGGUUGACAAGAACAGUAUUCUUGCGUUGUAUAAUCUCUCUCCCCAACCCCCUACUAUCCCCGAACAUCCUCAAUCUCACUCUCUGGGAGCCGCCAACCCGGCCCAGCAAGUACCGAUGAACCCACCCACCAACUACAAUACUCCCCAACAGCCCGCCGCCACCGACCCUCAAGCUACAGGGACACGGAACCCCUUCUUCACCGCCGCCCCAGCCGCUCCUUACUCGACGGCUACGCCCCAGGCUGCACCCCAGCUACCGGCCGGCUACCGACCCGCGACGUCAGCCGGCCCCUUCCCUCGUGGUCACAUGAGCCAGCAAAGUGUGGACAUCAAUGGCUUCCAGAGUGGCCGCCAUAGCCCCGACGCAUUCGCCAGCCUGAGCGCACGCUACGGGUAGAUAGCUUCUGAGACUCAACGCUUGAAUCCGAAUUCUUGCAGUUUGCAGCUUCCGUUUCAGCUCCAAGCGUUUUUCAAUCCUCCCCCGUUUGUUAUCCAUCGAUUUGGUCAAGCGUAUAUAUUCUCCGCACUUCGUACUUGACUUUCGCUUGAACCAGUGGUUGAUGUUGUUCCUUUCUUUCUUUCGAAUGUGCUGGCCUGAACUUCGGGGAUAUUGCAUCAUUCAUGGCGUUUUCUUGGACGUGUCAUAUAGCAGCACUGUAUGAUUGCUCUGGUCUUGGCAGAGAGGUAUAUAAAGCCGGUCAAGUUGUUACAUAAAGUGCAUUCGACCAAUAAAGCUCGG